AGCCACGCCGGCCAGUGACCGAAACGAGGAUUCCGCGGUCCAGAAUGAGCCCGCCGACGAGCGCAUGGGUUCGCCAUGUGGACGAGGACUCGAACAAAGCGUACUACUUCAACGAGACCACGGGCGAGACCACGUGGGAUGAGCCCAAGGACUUUGCGGCGACGGCUGGCCACGACGGCGAGGGCGGCAAGAAGCGCAAGGCCGACGAACUCAUCGAGGCCGACGACGAUGGUUGCCUCUGGGUCAAGUACAUUGACCCGACGACCCAGAAGCCAUACUACUCGGACAUGAACUCGGGCAAGACGCAGUGGGAGGCGCCGACGUUCUACACGUCCGACCAAGGCGAAGACGACGACGAAGAAGUGGACGAAAACAUCGAGGAAGAGUACGCCUUUGGCGCGAUCGCAGACGCGCCCAAGCCGACGCCUCUUGCCGAUGAGAAGGCGCCCGACUACUACCGGUACAUGGACGCGACGACCAACAAGCCGUACUACUUCAACGUGCGCACCAAGGAAACGACGUGGGAAGAGCCCGUCGAUGGUGUGAUCCAGGACGGGUCGGCCAUCGCGAGCACCGAAGUCGUCUCGGGCAGCGCCAAGUACCAAGAAUGGAUGAACAAGGCGGCGACCGCCGCUGCCAACUCGUCGGCGGCCAAGGCGCAGUCGGCGGCGACGGCAACCGCACCGACAACGACGACGUCGGCGCCGAGUGCCAACGACCCGGUGAACCGCCUCAACUCGAUCCUUGGCAACGUGGGGGCGUCAGGCAGCUCGGCGCGCUGGCAGCAGCACUUCGACACCAACACGCAGCGCUACUACUACCACGACGCGGCGACGGGCACGACGCAGUGGGAGGUCCCGACCGAAGGCGGCAUCGCGGCCGGCAACGCGGACUGGGUCCCGGUUGAUGCGCAAGCCGCGGCUGCGAACGCAUCGAUGGCCUCGCGCGUCGGGUACGACUACACGUCGACGGCCGGCAUGAGCCUCGUGAGCGGGCGGUUUGCGAGCGCGGGUCUCGACAACGACUACUGGGCCAAGGCCGGCGUCCCGAGCGACAAGGCCGGGCGCCAAAUGAGCAACUUUUUCGACAUGACCGCGUUUGAAGCCAACCGCGCGGAGGCCAAGCGCAUGAAGGAAGCGCUCCAGAAGAAGAACAUUGACUGGAAGAAGGUCAACGCAGAGAAGAAGCGCAAGCGUCAUCGCAUCCGCAACAAGUGGAUGUACGAAGACUAGUCGCAGCGACGUCGUUGAUAUGUAAUGCAUCUUGAAUACCAUCGUCCAUCGCUUGCACCAUCU